UCACAAAAGGUUUGCCGCCAGGACACAGGUGUCGUGAAAACCACUGCUAAACCUAAGCAAAAAUGGGAAAGGAGAAGACCCACAUCAACAUCGUUGUCAUUGGACGUGUAGAUUCAGGGAAGUCUACCACUACUGGCCAUCUGAUCUACAAAUGGGGUGGGAUCAACAAGAGAACCACUGAAAAGUUCGAGAAGGAGGCUGCCGAGAUGGGAAAGGGCUCCUUCAAGUAUGCCUGGGUCUUGGAACUGAAAGCUGAACGCGAGUGUGGUAUCACCACUGAUAUCUCCCUAUGGAAAUUCGAGACCAGCAAGUACUAUGUGAACAUCAUUGAUGCCCCAGGACACAGAGACUUCAUCAAAAACAUGAUUACAGGAACAUCCCAGGCUGACUGUGCUGUCCUGAUUGUUGCUGCUGGUGUUGGUGAAUCUGAAGCAGGUAUUUCCAACAAUGGGCAGACCCGUGAGCAUGCCCUUCUGGUCUACACUCUGGAUGUGAAACUAAUUGUUAACAAAAUGGAUUCCACUGAGCCACCCUACAGCCAGAAGAGAUAUGAGGAAACUGUUAAGGAAGUCAGCACCUAUAUUAAGAAAAUUGGCUACAACCCCGACACAGUAGCUUUUGUGCCAAUUUCUGGCUGGAAUGGUGACAACAUGCUGGAGCCAAGUGCUAACAUGCUGUGGUUCAAGGGAUGGAAAGUCACCCGUAAAGAUGGCAAUGCCAGUGGAACCACAAUGCUUGAAACUCCGGAUUGCAUCCUGCCACCAAUUUGCCCAACUGACAAGCCCCUGCGUUUGCCCCUCCAGGACGUCUACAAAAUUGGUGGUAUUGGCACUGUCCCUGUGGGUCGAGUGGAGACUGGUAUUCUCAAACCUGGCAUGGUGCUCACCUUUGCUCCAGUCAACGUGACAACUGAAGUGAAGUCUGUUGAAAUGCACCAUGAAUCUUUGAGUGAAGCCCUUCUUGGGGACAAUGUGGGCUUCAAUGUCAACAACGUGUCUGUCAAAGAUGUUCAUCGUGGCAAUGCAGCUGGUGACAGCAAAAAUGACCCACCGACGGAAGCAGCUGGCUUCACAGCUCAGAUGAUUAUCUUGAACCACCCAGGCCAAAUCAGUGGCGGAUAUGCACCUGUGCUGGAUUAUCACACAGCUCACACUGCUUGCAAGUUUGCUGAGCUGAAGGAGAAGACUGAUCGUCGUUCUGGGAAAAAGCUGGAAGAUGGUCCCAAAUUCUUGAAAUCUGGUGAUGCUGCCAUCAUUGAUAUGGUUCCUGGCAAACCCAUGUGUGUUGAGAGCUUCUCUGACUAUCCUCCUCUGGGCCAUUUUGCUGUUCGUGACAUGAGACAGACGGUUGCUGUGGGUGUCAUCAAAGCAGUGGACAAGAAGGCAGCCGGAGCUGGCAAGGUCACCAAGUCUGCCCAGAAAGUUCAGAAGGCUAAAUGAAUAUUAUCCCCAAUACCUGCCAGCCCAGUCUUAAUCAGUGGUGGAAGACCGGUCUCAGAAUUGUUUGUCUCAAUUGGCCAUUUAAGUUUAAUAGCAAAAGACUGGUUAAUGAUAACAAUGCAUCAUAAAACCUUCAGAAGGAAAGGAGAAUGUUUUGUGGACCAUUUGUUUUGUGUGUGGCAGUUUUAUUAGUUUUUAAAAUCAGUACUUUUUAAUGGAAACAACUUGACCAAAAGUCUGUCACAGAAUUUGAGACCCAUUAAAAAAGUUUAAUGAGAAAAAUUAAAAAAAAAGGAAGUGGGUAAGAAACAACUUUCAUUUUAUGCUAUAUACAACUCUGAAUUGCUUAAAAUAAGCA